AUGACCAGCGCAUUGGAAAAUUUCAUCACCACCACCCAUCAGGAUUUUAAUUGGCCGUAUCCGGUACCCCUUGUUGUAAAACCGGCCCAACCGCCGAUGAACACGGGAAUUCGAUUAUAUAUGCCUAGAAUCGACCCUGAAGACUGUGCUUGCGACGAACAUGGGCAGAAAAUCGACAAAAGCAGAUACAAAUACCUUGCCGACAAGGAACGACUCUUUUUGGAUCAAUUGCAAAAAGUGAAUCGUGAAAUGGUUAAUCUCACGUCAGCUAUGCUAGACUAUACCUGCAAUUCGAUAGAUGAGACGAUGAAGAGUGUUUAUAAAACAGAUUACGCGAAAAGGGGAUUGCCCAUUAAAGAGUACAGACAGCUGAAAGCUGCGGUCGAUUCGGCUUACUGUUCACCGUUUCCGGAGGAAAUUACCGAGAUAAAAGAGGGUUACAGAGAUCCAACGAGAUUUCGAUAUACAGCCAUCGAGAGACCACAUAUCCAGCCAGCCAAAACGAUCACUUUUUGCCAAGUUCCGGAAUUAUUCUCUGUAUGGGACACACCUUUCACCGGUCGUUCGGAAUAUAUGGAUACAUUUAGUAAAAUGGGUCUAAGCAACAUGAAAAAUCAACAACAAUAUGCAGAACCGCAACCUUCGUCGAGAAGAAGAUUAGGAGAUUGCAAAUUAUAA